AUGACAAGAGUAAAUACAGGAUAUUAUGAAUCAUUAUUAGAGACUGACGCAUCUACUCUAAAUGAAGCUGAUACUGGAUUAUUAAUCGCGGAUGACAUUUUCAUGUAUAAUGAAGUAAAUUACUUAAAUAACUGUUUAAUUAUACUUUUGUUCAUAUCACACUGUUUUCAUAUCUUCUUAUUUGAAGGUGACAUAUCUCCAUCUAUAUCCAGGUUUAAUAUGGAUUAUAAUGGAGUUUUUGCAUUAAUAUUGAAUAUCUUAAUUCCGUCUAUAUUCUUUAUACAAGGCUGGUUAAAGGCUUUGGAAGUACAUAAUUACACUUCAUUCUUCACACGUCUUCAUUUUGAAUAUUUAUUGCCGAUUUUUAUAUAUUUCAUGUUUUAUUUGAUAAGUAUUUUGUUUAAAAAUGAUACUCGAUUAGGAAAUUUAACAAGCGAGGAGUUUGCAACACUUAUAUCUCAAUCGUGCUCUUUUAAUCCCGGAUUUCUAUCAACAUUUGUAAUAUUAUUCAUAGUAAAUUUGACUUUGGAUCCUAUAGCAUUGGUAGUUGUUCCAGAUUUCUAUAAUUCAGAUGUUUUAAUAUCUUUUACAGUAGAUAUUUCGUCAACAAAUGAGUUUAAUAUGGAUGAAAACAGUAUAUUAAGUAGAAAAAAGGAAAAGAAACACUUUUCAAAUUUGAAAAAAUUUUCAAUCUAUAAACUGAUUUACUGUCUAUUAAUGGUAAAAUUCUGCGACCAAUUUUUAAAUUUUUUGAGUGGUAUGGAGCCUACACAAAUAUUAUAUAAACCAAAAAUGCAUAAUUUCUGGUCAGUAUUACUAUUAUUUUUAUUAUGUAAGAUUUUCAGGAAAACACCAAGAACUCUUUAUUAUAUUUACUUAAUCUCAACUUCUAUUGAAUUAAUGACUUACCCAUUUUUUGAAAUAUAUAUUAAUAACUACUUUUCCACAAGUUUAAUUACAACCAUUUGUUUUCUAUCAAAUAUAUACUUGUCAGGAAUUCUAAUUUCCUGUAUGCGUCUGAACAUAUUUAAUAAGUGGACAGUUUCAAUAUUUUUUAUUUUAAUUUCAGCACUUUGCUAUUUUAUCAAUGUAAAUCAUUUAAGAUCAGUGAUUUCCCCAAUCAUUUGCCCUUGUAUUUUAAAUAUUAAUUCAAGAUUUCUCACCAUUUUUCAAAUUUAUUCAUCAGUUUUUGCUAUUAUAGGCUUAUCAUUUCUAAUAUUCAAGUACAUUAAAGUGGAUUCUGAUAGUAAAUCGAGAAGUUCAAACAAAUUAAAUUUCACAGUAUUAUUUUUUUAUUCAGUAAUAUCGUGCAUUAAUUUAAUCAAGUUAAUGGAAUAA